AAGGGGGGGGGGCGACUCGGGUUCUUGCCCUUCCCGGCUCCCUCCAAUCCACUCUUUUUUUUUGCAAAAAGGUUUUGUAAUGUGGGAAUGUUAUACGAGCUUAUCCUACAAGCGUGCUUGUUGUGCAUGGUGUGAAUUGUUUUUAUGUGGGUAGCAAUUAUGAGCGAGAAACCUUUCGCAGCAUGUCGAGAAACGACAAGCUGCCGUCGCUUGCCUUUGGCCAGGUAGUGAUUGGGCCUCCGGGCUCCGGGAAGACCACCUAUUGUCAUGGCAUGCAGGAAUUCCUCUCUGCAAUCGGGCGCAAGGUAGCUGUGGUGAAUUUGGACCCAGCCAACGAAAGGAUUCCGUUCCAGUGUGCGGUGGAUAUCUCUGAACUGAUCACCUUGGCUGAUGUGAUGGAGAAUUUGAAACUUGGCCCCAACGGUGGCUUAAUCUACUGCAUGGAGUACCUAGAGGCAAAUUUUGACUGGCUGCAGGAGAAACUGGACCACCUGAAAGGACAUUACUUUUUGUUUGAUUGUCCCGGACAAGUGGAGCUCUGCACCCAUCAUAGUUCAUUGAGAAACAUCUUCGCUCAACUUGCUAAGUGGAAUUUCAGGUUGGCUGCUGUUCAUCUGGUAGAUUCUCAUUACUGCACAGAUCCUGGCAAAUUCAUCUCUGUCCUCUGCACUUCCCUCGCCACAAUGCUGCAUGUGGAGUUGCCCCACGUCAACAUCCUCUCCAAAAUGGACCUCAUUGAGCAGUAUGGGAAGUUAGCAUUUAAUCUAGAUUAUUACACAGAAGUUCUUGAUCUGUCCUACUUAGUGGACCAUUUGGCCUUAGAUCCAUUCUUCAAGAACUACCAACGCCUGAACAAGAAGCUGGUGGGAGUGAUUGAAGACUACAGUUUGGUCUCUUUUGUUCCCCUCAAUGUCCAGGACAAGGAAAGUAUGCGGUGUGUGAUGCAGGCAGUGGACAAAGCCAAUGGUUACUGUUUUGGGGACUCUGAACACAGAAACCUCAACGUCUUGAUGUCUGCAGCGAUGGGAGCUGAUUUUCAAUUCACAUCCACCCUGGCAGUCCAGGAGAAGUAUGUGCAGCCACAGGAGAAAACGGUGGAAGAGGAAACUUUAGACAUGGAACAUGCCAGUUACAGCAGUCACUGAAGGAGGGUAGAUCGGCCUGCCCAAAAUGGUCUCUCAGGAAGAGCAGCGGGGGGGGAGGGGAGGGGGCUUGCGCCUGCUCCCUCCGAGGUAUUCCCGGGCUUGGCGCAGGAACAAACAGGUCACCAUCACUGAGUUCCUUCUAUUUGUGGUGGAAUAAGGAGCCAAAUGUUUCUGUUAAGAAACUGGUACAGUUGAUGACCAAAGAGCAGUUGGCAAAGUGUUACGAUCUGGCACCUGUUAGCUGUCAGAGAUGACCGUUUAGUGCUAGCAAAGUUGUCGCCUAAUGUGUCUCCUUCAGGGCGUUACCCUGGUGUUGUUUUUUUUAACAAAAAGGAACAAUACAUAACAUACAUUGACAUAAAACAUAUAUUCCUUCUUUACAUCAGCUUCGUUUCCUUAUUCUUCUCAUAUUUACAUCCUUAGUCCCUCUCUCGUUUCGUUUAAUUAUACUUUUCUUCUUUGUCCCGUUCUCUCUUAUUUUUUUUUAUCUUCUAUCCUUCUAGCUAUUCAUUUUCUUUCAUGCAUUGCCAUUUUAUAUACAUGUAUAUAUAAGCUUUUCAUCUUUUUUCGUCAUCUUAGUAUUUCUAGUCUCUAGCCAAUUAUACAAUUUGUUCCAUGCUAUGUAAUAGUAGGGGCCGCGGUGGCUGAGGGGCUAGGACGUUGAGCUUGUCGAUCGAAAGGUCGGCAGCUCAGCGGUUUGAAUCCUUAGUGCUGCCGUGUAACAGGGUGAGCUCCCAUUACUUACAGCUUCUGCCAACCUAGCAGUUUCGAAAGCAUGUAAAAAUGCAAGUAGAAAAAAUAGGGACCACCUUUGGUGGGAAGGUAACAGCGUUCCGUGCGCCUUUGGAGUUCAGUCAUGCCGGCCACAUGACUACGGAGACGUCUUUGGACAGCGCUGGCUCUUCGGCUUUGAAACGGAGAUGAGCACCGCCCCCUAGAGUUGGGAACGACUAGCACGUAUGUGCGAGGGGAACCUUUACUUUUAUGUAAUAGUCCGACUCUUCUUUUUCUUUUAACGCCUUGGUUCAGAGCGUUAUCCUGCUUUAUUUCGCUGAGAAGCUUUUGAGAAUUGUUUCUGCUACCAUUCCACAAUUUGGAUGCCUUCCAAAUGGUGUUUUUUUUUGUGGGGGGGGUGGGGGGCUCUUGCCAAUGAUAUGUCUGGGCCAUCAUCUCAAAGGGUAUUGGCGGGAAAAGCUGCUUUUGUCCUCACAGAUCAUUUCUUUUUUUUUUUUAGUAAAAAAGUUUUAUUUCCAUUUUCCAACAACCUAUUCAAUAUACAGUCUCUUAAUCAACAUUAGUCAUUAACUUUCAUUUGUUACUUAUUCGGACCUGCCCAGCUACCACUUCCUUCCUUAACAAACCUUUCCUCCUCCCUUCUCUACUUUCUUCUACUUUCUUCAUCCUUCCUCUCCUUCGCUUUUCUACAUCCUCUCCUCCUUCCCUACUCUUCUCUUCCACCCUUUCUAACCCUCUCUCUUUCCCCUUUCUUCUUCCUCUCCUUUCCCCCUUUUCUACCUCUCUCUUUCCUACCUACUUUCUUCCUUCACUCUCUCCUCACCCUUUCCAUUCCCUUCUGAAAUGGCAGCUGAGCAGCCCCGAUUUCAUUUCAAAUUUUUAUUCACUUCUUUUUGUGAUCUGUUUGGUGGUGUGACCUGCUUCUGGCCGCUUUGAGUUGUGUUACUGAGGAAAAGCAUGGAGUCUGGAUAUUGUUGAGAAGGGUAUCUUUUGAGGGUUUUUUUUUUUUUUUUAGUGUUGCCAAAGAUUUUGGAUUUUGGAGAGAGGAAUGCUAAAUAAAGAAGCUUUUGAACUUUCUUUGUCCAACUUUGGUGCGUUUGUGUGAUACUUUAUACCAGGGGUCUCCAACCUUGGCAACUUUAAGUCUUGUGGACUUCAACUCCCAGAAUUCCUCAGCCAGCUUUGCUGGCUGAGGAACUCUGAGAGUUGAAGUCCACAAGACUUAAAGUUGCCAAGGUUGGAGACCCCUGCUUUAUACAGACAGACAAGCUUGGAGCAGUGUGACUUUGCCCCUCUGCAGUAUAUCAAGUAGAAGAGAAAAUAUUUGCAGAUGUUUUAAGACUUCAGUGUAAAACAGCGAGACUGAAUCAGGCCAAAAACAUCAAAUACACAUGGUUAUUGCUGUGUUUUCCAAGUUGGUGGAAACUUGGAAGUCAACAGCUACUGGCAAAGUCAAGGCAUUAACUUUUCAAGAUAGUGCCAUACCAAUAGUGAGUUGAAGUCAACACAUCGAAGUGUCCAAGUUUGAAAAACCUUGCUUUAAAAAGUCCGCAUUGUAUGUAAGCUCUUCCUGCAGUAGAGUUUGAAGCUUUCACUCUGCUGGGUUUGUAUAAUUUGUUUAAAACCUGCCAUUGUUAGGCCCACUGAUUUUAUGUACAGAUGUGGAGAAGCAUUUCUUUAAUACAUCUCAAAUCUUUCACUGCCACUGAACAUCGCUAGGUUCUCAUUUUGCAAGAAAAUGAAAAUACCGUAAUUUGAAUUACUUUCUUCCCAUGAAACAUUGUCUGUGUAUCACCAUGUCCCUCCUUUUCUUGCCAUUUAUUUCUAAAUAAAAUAGCUCUAAAACAUUUGUAACUUUUCUUGGUAGGGUACUAAACUCCUACAGUAUGUCAUUCUUUAAAGGUUAACAAGUGUUAUUAAAGCACAAACUGGGUAAUUAUUACGCACCUGUACAUAUAUGAAGUGCCAUCUAAGGAGACCGGUAUGCUAACAGAUGUGGAGAGGAAAAUUACAAAUAUCAAGUUCAAAUAGAAUUAUAAAAGAAAGAAUGCAAUAGAAAUAUCAUGCUUUUAAAUAAUGAAACAAGCAUUCUAUCAUUGCAGCGAAGAUUAAAGGAUAGAACUGCAUGUAAUUUAUACCAAAUUGAUAGAAGGAAGAAACACCUUCUGGUGUUUUGUUUGUGUAACUAUAACUUAUGAAAAUUGGUGCACAGCUCUUGGCAUUUUAUCAUGAAAGGGAAUUUAAAUUGCUUGUAUACUGGAUAAUAAAUCUACAGGUAUUUUUAUGAUGGAUUUCUUUUUAACCAUGCAAACCUCACUGAGUUGCUUAA